AUGAUACCCUUUACGCUGCGAAGUGAUCACCAACAAUACAGUCGGCACGUACAUCUACCGUUGCAGAUAUCUGACGGCUUUACCCACAGGACUUCUGUAUUCUGCGACGGUCCCCUACAUAUUGCUCGUCGCACAAAGUCGGAGUCCCACUCACCCCAUAAAGACACUUGUGAUGGCGCUCAGAUGCGCAGCAUUGAAGCCAUACACUUACUGAGAGGCUGUGUCGGCGUCCCUUUGAAGCACACACUGUCAAAAAGCCACCAUUCAGUUGAUCUCUACCAUCAAGAAACAUACGGCCCGCCGGGCCUCACGCUGUACGUGGCCUCGACUUCAAGUGCGACCAUACAUCGAGAGGGAUCUUCAACGGACUACUUCCCCGGAUACUUCUCAUCUUCGCAUGAGUCUCGGACACCUUUGAAGGGGUACACCAACGGUUACACAACCUGCGUAUCUAAUGCGAUGCUCGAAAAGUCUUGCUCUGGACCGAUCAAUCUAUCGUCGUCUCGUGAACAUCGCGAGUCGGGGGAGUUAGACCGAAGGCUCAGGUCGAUCGACGAAGCCCUGCGUCUGGGCAAGUCACGCGGUGGAAGACGUGGCCGGCGCUUGUACAACUCAGAAGUCUCAUUUCUGGUAGACUCAAAGGCCAAAGUUGUGAUGACCGAAACUGUGCCGGCUCUCGGGACGUUGGAUUCCAGGAAAGAUUCUGAGCACACACAUCUCUCUCGAACCUCGAGUGUGGUGUGCUAUCCUGUCAAGUCAGGUGAAUUGUCCUCACGCGCCAGAGCGCGAUAUGAAAUCCAGUGCCUCUGUGGGAGAUCCAAAGUCGAAGACCGUUCUGGCCGUCACCUUGAAAGCUGUCCCUCACAAUGCGGUACAUCAUACAAUACGCCAAGUUCGCGAGAAGGACGCCAGAAUGCUCGUUCUUCGUCUGUUUCUAGGUUUUCUGCUGAAUCAAACACCCUUUCCAACAUGCCUUUCUUGUGUGAGGAAGAGAAUUCUUCUCGCCCCGGGCAAGCCCAUACGAGCCAGAGUGCUGUCAAUCCCUUGGCUAUGUCCGAUCUCAGAACUAUCAUGUCUGACCUUGAAGCAGUAGUGAUACGGAUUGAAGCAGCAUCCAAGAUGAAAACAACACCUUGCUCGACAAUAGAUACAUCCAUAGGUAGGAAAUUGUUGGACUUGACUUUGUCGAGCGUAUCGCGGAAACAGAGCCUGCUGUCCAGCGAAGACACCAUUGGGAUACCCAAAUCAAGCUUGAAGAUAGCAAGGGAGAUGCCCACGAGUCUUCAAGGCACCUUUGGGUACCCGUCGAGCUCUUUUGUUCCUGCGGUGGAUAUUCCUCCUGGCAAUAUCACUGGUGCACUCCACGCCCUCAGAAAAUAUCGCCGGAGAAAGACGAGCAGCCGCCUAUCAGAGAUUUACACACCUGCAAGGAGACCAGAGGUGUCUGGCGAGGCUGAUUCUCCGUACGGCCUCAAGUCUGGAUGUACAGCUACAGACCUUGCGCUGGUAUCUGAGUAUGGUGGGGUACCAGCGCUGUCAGCUAGCCUUGCCAACAAAGGUGCCGCAUUUGCCCAAGAAACCGAAGAUGCUGUGUCACGAAUCCUCGUCGAACUGGUGCCCCGAACUUCAGAGCAAGCUCACUUUGCACAAGUCCACGAGCCAGCCUGA